AUGAAGCUCAGGCCUUUCAUACUCGGGUUAACAGCUGCAGUCAUCCUUGGAUGGUGGAUAUCCGCUACCAUUCUUCCUGCGACGAGGCAUCGCUGGAUUGUACAGACCUUCUUCGCAUGGGCCUUCAUCUUCAUUAUCGCCUUCCGUUUCAUCCCGAACCGUGUCAUUACACAUCCCGUCAGCGCCGUUUGGACACCCCUCGUUCAAAAUCCAUGGUAUCGACUUCCGCGUAAAGUGCGGCUCAGCAUAGGCUGGGCCUGCUUGCUCGCGAUCGUCUUUGGCUCCGCGUUCGGAUUCAAACUGGAACCGGGAACAAACUAUGGCGAUAGGGCGAUCUCAGUACUCGGGUUGUUCAUCUUCCAAUGUGGAUUCUACCUGUCAUCGAUAAACAAGAAAGAGAUCCCAUGGCCUACUGUGAUCGUUGGCCUCUUCCUUCAGCAAGCAAUUGCGCUGUUUGUGCUCAAGAGCGAUGCUGGCUUCUCAAUUUUCCACUGGAUUGCAAUGCUUGCGAGCGACUUCCUCACUCAGGGCCUUGCGGGCGCCGCAUUCUUCUUCUCUCAGGACGUGGUUACAAAUGACCACUGGUUCUUCGUCAAUACACUUGCGGAGAUCAUUUUCUUUAUUGCAUUCGUGCAAAUGAUGUACUAUAUUCUGAUCACAAGGCAAUGGAUUAUCAAGAAAUUUGCUUGGCUGUUCUUCAAGCUGAUGAAUGUUAGCGGUGCGGAAGCCGUCGUAGCGGCUGCUUCUCCCUGGAUCGGACAAGGAGAGAGUGCAUGUCUGGUCAGGCCUUACGUCGACCUGAUGACUGAAAGUGAACUCCACCUCACAAUGACUUCCGGUUUCUCAACAAUUGCCGGGUCCGUGAUGUCGGCAUACAUUUCACUUGGUGUGCCUGCUCAGAAUCUGGUCACGUCGUCUGUCAUGUCCAUCCCGGCGUCCAUUGCAAUUAGCAAGAUACGUUUACCGGAACUCGAAGAACCAGUCACGCGAGGACAAGUCGUCGUCGACCGCGGAAAAGAAGUGAACCCACCUGCAAAUGCCCUACACGCUUUCUCCAAGGGCGCGACCUUCGGUCUCGUCGUAGCCGGAUCAAUUCUAACCAAUGUUUUGACGAUUUUGUCUCUUGUAGCUGCGAUUAACGGGUUACUUACCUGGAUCGGAAAGGGAUUUGGGAUUCAUGAGUUGACGUUACAGCUCAUUGUCGGGUAUUUGUUCUACCCGAUUACGUUUUUCCUUGGUGUACCACGUUCGGAAAUUUUGCGGGUUUCGCAGUUACUUGCGACGAAACUGGUUGCGAACGAGUUCUCCGCAUACCUGACUCUCCAGUCGAUAAUGGGAAGCGACAAUCCGCUUUCACAUCGUGCCUUCACCAUAGCCUCAUACGCACUCUGUGGAUUCGCCAACUUCAGCUCACUCGGCAUCCAAAUUGGUGUACUCACUUCUCUCGCACCGUCCCGUGGUAAAGUGAUCUCGAGGAUUGCGGUUUCAGCGAUGUUGUGUGGAUUCAUAUCGACGUUGCAGACUGCGGGUAUUGCGUGA